AUGUCGUCCUUUUUCACACUCCCUGCGUCGCAGCGGAAGCGCAAGAGGGAAGACCGAGUAGGAGCUCCGGUAACCAAGAAACGAGGAGUUACAAGUAAAGGCGCACCCCAAACCGGUGAUAAAUCCCGGCGGCAAGGAGACAGAGAUGAAUCGAUAUCAGGGAGCGAGUCCGAGGGAGACGAGCGAUCAGAAGUAGCAGCCGGUUCGGACGAUGAAUCGCUCUCUGGAUCUGACGAGGACGAGACCGCGGCCGAACGGAGGUUGAGAUUAGCGGAGCAAUAUCUACAUAAUGUUAGGGAGGAGGUUGACGAAGUUGGAUUCGACGCAGCAGAUAUAGAUCGUGACUUGAUUGCGGAGAGAUUGAAAGAGGAUGUGGAUGAAUCAAAAGGGCGGGCAUAUAGGUUGGUGGCCUCGGAGCUCUCUCUUUCAUCUGCUUCACAUUCAUAUUUCCGCGCGGACACAAACACUACCACGAGUAUUGCUGUACAUUACCCGUUUGCCUAUACGGUGUCAAAGGAUAAAACCCUGAUAAAAUGGGAACUGUGCACACCUUCUUCGGCCACUUUUUCCAUGCAGAAUGGAAAUACGCUCGAGUCAAGUCGACCUUUACGGAAAAAGCCCAAGAAAGUUAGAUGGGCGCGAGGAUUGCGGCCAGGUAGAGACGGCGGGGAGAAACAAGGACAUAUCGGCGAAAUAUUAACUGUUGCAGUCUCGCCAUCUGGUCAAUUUGUUGCAACGGGGGGCACAGACAAUCGUUUAAUUAUCUGGGAUGCUGAAACCCUCACUCCCUUGAAAACCUUCACAUACCAUCGCGAUUCUGUCAGCGGUUUAGCGUUUACCCAGCGUAUAUCCUCGUCAAGCUCAGGUGAACAGUUGUUUUCUGCCUCAUUCGACCGUACCAUCAAAAUCUGGUCCCUUAGUCCGGAUGCCCAUGCCUACGUCGAGACCCUAUUCGGCCACCAGGAUCAUGUUCUGGGAGUCGCGUCCAUGAUGUCAGACCAAUGCGUCAGUGUUGGCGCGAGAGACCGCACAGCUAGGCUCUGGAAAGUCAUCGACGAAACACAGCUCGUAUUUCGUGCUGGAGGCAUGUCCAAGAACUGCCAAUAUUCUCCAAAUUCAACGGACUGUGUGGCCGCGCUACCGCCAACACAUUUCGUCACUGGCUCAGACUCCGGCGCCAUAUCAUUAUGGUCUGUCCAUAAAAAGAAACCUCUACAUACGAUAUACGAAGCUCACGGCCUCGACCCGCUCCCUCCCCCUGAAAAACUCUCAGCUGAAGCCGACGCUGACGCACAGGCUGAAAAAACAGCUAACGUUCGUCAAACUCCUCGCUGGAUAACGGCCUUAGCUACAGUACCAGGCACAAACAUCGUUCUAAGCGGUAGUUGGGACGGAUGGAUUCGUGCAUGGGAAGUCUCAGAAGACAAGCGGCGACUUCGCCCGCUCGGAUGCGUUGGUGGAAAGGAGUUGCCAAUGGAAUUACCCUUACCCCUUUCGAACGGCACCUCACACAUCCCUGCAGACACAAUACCCAUGAAUACCGAUGAAGACGACAAAUCACAUAUCUCGCCGCCGCUAAGAGGUAUCGUGAAUGGGAUAUCCGUCUACGAGCGACGGGGCAUUGAUUCCGUCAAGCCUGGCAUUUCCCCCCUUUCUACGUCUUCGAAAAAGGACAAGAAAUCAUCCACCGCAAAAUCACAUGAAACAGAUGUCAAGGGCCUCUGUAUAGUAGCUGCAUUGGGCAAAGAACAUCGUCUUGGACGCUGGAAAGUGUUUGAUUCUAAUGAUUCGAAGAAUGUUGGAUGUGGUGACGUGGGAGGUAGGAAUGGCGCUGUUGUAUUUGAAGUACCUUUCUCAAGCUAA